AUGGACGUCCUGGAAGGCAGCUGGUCAGUUCCGGGCUGUUUGCGAGCGGCGGCCGUCAACUCAAGCCUCAAGGAUGAUUCAGAGAGCGCCGUGUCGACACGGAUGGAGUCGCUGCUGUUCGUCAUGGUGGUAUUGAUGUGUGUGGGCUCGGUGACAGAAUGUGCUUGUCUAACCACUCAUUUUUUUCGUGAAGGUAACCUUCUUGUCAUUAUCCUCGUGGCAACCACCAAGACUCUCCACCAGGUGACAUCAGUGUUGAUCAUGAACUUGGCCAUCAGUGAUCUCCUGGUGGGCCUCGGCGUCAUGCCCUUUGUUGCUUUAUCCAUCGUGAAGCCUGGAUGGGGCGAAUGUUUUAACCUGUGUCUAUUUGUGGCCUACACCUCCUCUGUCUACUGCACAGUUUCUGUUCUAACACUGGCUGCCAUCGCUUUAGACCGCUACCACUCCAUCAUGGACUGCCUGCGCUACAGCUCCCGCUGCACCCUGUGGAGGAUGUGCUCUGUGGUCGUGUGGAUCUGGCUGCAGGCCAUGGCAACCAGUUUUCCCCCACUGCUGGGUUGGAGCUCUGUGGCCUAUGUGACUCACACAUACAGUUGUGUAGUGGACUGGACAAGCAGUCCCAGCUACACGGCCACCAUGACAAGCCUCUCCUACGUCGUGCCUGCCAUCGUUAUCCUUGUCUGCUAUGUGAACAUCGUCAAAGUAGCCCGUAACCAUGCCAAGAGGAUUCACAGCUUAGAAUACUCGGUUCAACGCAGUAGGGAUCCAAACGCCAUGUUCCCUCCUUCUUUGCCCAGCCCCUCCACAAUGGUCUAUAAUCAAAGUAGACAGUGUGUGUGUGGUCACCCAACUCCCUCCCGGGAGUUAUCCUCCAUGUUGUCAUCCCCCCAGACCCUCCUGGAGUCACAGCAGCACUAUCAGCGAGUUGCUCGCCUCUUUCUGGUCAUCUUAGCCUUCUUCUUAUGCUGGACCCCCUACAUUGGAGUUGCUCUCUUUCAGGCUACAGAAGCAGCAAUCUCUGGUGAAACAUCACUCGUGCCUCCCUCUGCUCUGACUGUCUCCUACUUUCUGGUGCUGUUAAACUCCGACUUCAACCCUCUGCUCUACGCGCUACUCAGCAAGCGUUUCCAGGCAGCUCUGCGGGGGCUAAGGCAGAAGCUGAGAGCUGGAGUAGGGAGCGUUGUCAGCUGGGGUGGCGAGGUGGACCCAUGCAGCAUCACCACUCCACUUCCCGGGCCGAACUCCAGCUCGAACACCUCCCAAUGUUGCUCUCCAGUUUUCACCAUCAGUAGUGACGACAAGCUCAUUCCAGUGAAAAUUUAUACGAAACGUGUCUUCAUGGAAGUCACCACACCAUCCUGCUCCACUGGGCAAGGCCCCUGCGGUGGCAGGAGGCUGAAUUGCCUGCAGGUCCCCUGUAGGACGCGAGAGGGCGGCACACUACCAUUUUCUACUGUUACUGUGGUGCCAACGGUCACUUAUGUCUGUGGUCAGAUUACCGUGAAAGUAGAGCAUGCCCCAUCAGAAAUCCUUUUUCUCACAUGAACAAAAUGGGCAACAUUUUUGGGACACAUUCUGUGGUCAAUUAG